CUCGCGCCGCCGUCAGCCCCGCCCCUUCCGCCUUCCCCCGGCGAGCGGGCUGUGGCCAUGGCGGCCGAUCCUCCUUCGCUGGAAGAGCGGCGGCGGCUGCAGGCGGAGCUGAGCGAGUUCGUGGAGAGCUGCUGGCGGACGCUGGACGAGGUCACGGCGUCGCUGGGCUGGAGCCUGGAGCAGCUGGACGCGACGGAGGAUGAAAUUGUGAUAUGUCCUUACGAUUCAAAUCAUCGCAUGCCAAAAUCCUCGUUAGCAAAGCAUGUGGAAUCCUGCAGACUGAGGAAGCUGGGCUACACCAAGGAGGAGCAGGAAGAAAUGUAUAAUCCUGAUUUUUUCUAUGAGAAUGUAAAAGUACCUUCAAUUACUUUGACUAAGGACUCGCAAUUCCACGUUGUUAAACAAGCUAGAGCUGCCGUUGGGAAGGAUGGUGAUUGCAGCCAGAGAAUCUAUUCUUCGUCGCCUGUUGAAGUUCCUCUGAAUCACAAACGGUCUGUCUGUGAUCUGACCCAAGCCGAUCGCCUCGCCCUCUACGAUUUUGUAGUUGAAGAGACAAAGAAGCAGCGCUCCAGUUCUCAGACCAUCGAGAACGACAGUGAUCUCUUCGUGGACUUGGCCGCCAAAGUCAAUCAAGACAAUAGUCGAAAAAGUCCAAAAUCUUACCUUGAAAUCCUGGCAGAAGUGAGAGACUACAAAAGGAGACGUCAGUCCUACAGAGCCAAGAAUGUCCACAUAACUAAGAAAUCCUACACUGAGGUGAUUCGGGACGUGAUCAGCGUUCACAUGGAAGAGCUCAGUCACCACUGGAAGGAAGAGCAGGCCAAGGCCGAGGGCGGCGCCGCCAGGAAGGAAGAGCCGCGGUCAGCGUCGGCAGAUUCGCGACAGUCUGCUGGCAGCUACUUUGACGCUGAGGGUUCCCGGAGAAGGGGUCGGAGUCGGAGCCCGCACAAGAGAAAACGGAAUAAGGAGAAAGACAAAAGCAGUGAGUCGAGAAGAAGGAAGGAGAGGCAACUUGGACAGAGAGAAAAUUUUUCAUCUAUUGGUUUAGUACUCAGAUUUCUGCAGCAGUCAGAGCUGAGCCAGGAUGAAGCCAGAGCCCAGGCCUCCGUGGGAUGGGCUAUUCUCUGCUGCUUUUCCAGGUAGACUGGCAGGGCUGGAGCUGGCGCCCAUACGGGAUGCUGGUAUCAGGCAGCAGCUUGACGUGUGGUGCCCCUUGUGAUAAAGAGUGUCUGAUAAGAUGUCCCUUGGUUGUUCAUGUCGGAUAACUGCAGCUCCAAUGACUGUUGGGUACAUGUGAUUGCAUGUUGGGUUGCCUUCUUGUCACUUACUGCUUUCUCAA